ACACAACAGACACCCACACACCCGCUUGCCACCCCACCCCCUUGCCACCAGCAUCACCACCGCCGCCACCAGCAGCAGCAGCAUCACCACCAAGAGCAGCAGCAGCAGCAGCAGCCUUCCCUCCAGGGGAGAGAGAAAGCCCAGGUGGCAGAGACUUAGCUCGCUCGGCUCAUUCUCUGGUCACUGGGCGCUCUCGGCUUUGAAGGCACCGAAACCCCAGGCAGAAUUCUCAGAUCGCUGGGGUGCCUCCGCUGCUGGUGCUAAAGAGGGAGGCAGGACUGGUCCGGAGCGCCCAGGAGAGUCCAGAAUCCAGUGCCAACAAUAUGCCCAAGCAAGUGGAAGUGCGGAUGCAUGAAAGUCACCUGAGUUCAGACGAACCCAAACGCAAAAACUUGUGCCUGAGGAUAUGGAACAGUCUAGGGAAGAACCUUCUGCUUUCUCUGACAGUAUUUGGCGUCAUCCUUGGAGCUGUCUGUGGAGGUCUUCUUCGCUUGGCAUCUCCCAUCCACCCUGAUGUGGUCAUGUUGAUAGCGUUCCCAGGAGACAUCCUCAUGAGGAUGCUAAAGAUGCUCAUCCUCCCUUUAAUCAUCUCCAGCUUGAUCACAGGUCUCGCUGGCUUGGAUGCUAAAGCCAGUGGCCGACUGGGGACAAGAGCCAUGGUUUACUACAUGUCUACCACCAUCAUUGCUGCUGUGCUGGGAGUUAUUUUGGUCUUGGCCAUCCACCCAGGGAACCCCAAACUGAAGAAGCAGCUGGGACCCGGCAAGAAGAAUGAUGAGGUGUCCAGCUUGGAUGCCUUCCUUGACCUUAUCCGAAACCUGUUCCCUGAGAACCUUGUCCAAGCAUGUUUCCAACAGAUCCAAACAGUAACCAAGAAGGUGAUGGCCACCCCCAAGGCCAGUGAAGAAGUCAACACUACCAGCUCCAUCAUCUCUCUGCUGAAUGACACCAAGACAGAAGCCCCCGAGGAAACCCAGCUGAUUAUUAAGAAGGGCUUGGAGUUCAAGGAUGGGAUGAACGUCUUAGGUCUGAUAGGUUUCUUCAUUGCUUUCGGCAUUGCCAUGGGGAAGAUGGGAGAACAGGCCAAGCUGAUGGUUGAAUUUUUCAAUAUCCUGAAUGAAAUUGUCAUGAAGUUAGUAACAAUGAUCAUGUGGUAUUCUCCCCUGGGUAUCGCCUGCCUCAUCUGUGGAAAAAUCAUCGCCAUCAAGGACUUGGAAGUGGUCGCCAGGCAACUAGGGAUGUACAUGGUCACUGUGAUUGUGGGUCUCAUCAUUCACGGAGGCAUCUUCCUCCCUUUACUCUACUUCGUGGUGACUAGGAAAAACCCUUUCACCUUUUUUGCUGGUAUUUUCCAGGCCUGGAUCACCGCCUUAGGCACAGCUUCCAGUGCUGGUACGUUACCUGUCACUUUUCGUUGCCUGGAAGAAAAUCUGGGGAUUGAUAAGCGUGUGACCAGAUUUGUUCUCCCGGUUGGAGCAACCAUUAACAUGGAUGGGACAGCACUAUAUGAAGCGGUGGCAGCCAUCUUUAUUGCCCAGAUGAAUGGGGUGGUCCUGGAUGGUGGGCAGAUUGUAACUGUGAGCCUCACGGCCACCCUGGCCAGUGUGGGAGCUGCCAGCAUCCCCAGUGCCGGGCUGGUCACCAUGCUUCUCAUCUUAACGGCCGUGGGCCUCCCAACACAGGACAUCAGCCUACUCGUUGCUGUAGACUGGCUCUUGGAUAGGAUGAGAACUUCUGUCAAUGUUGUAGGGGAUUCCUUUGGGGCCGGCAUCGUCUACCACCUGUCCAAGGCCGAGCUGGAUAGCCUCGACUCGCAACACCGAGGGCAUGAAGACAUAGAAAUGACCAAGACUCAAUCAAUUUAUGAUGACAUGAAAAACCAUAGGGAAAACAACUCAAAUCAGUGUGUUUACUCAGCACACAACUCUGUCAUAGUAGAUGAGUGCAAGGUCAUACUGGCAACCAAUGGAAAGUCGGCAGAUUGCCAUGGUGAGGAAGAGCCCUGGAAGCGGGAUAAUUAAAGCACAGAAACAGACUCCGAGCUCCAUCUUGAAUAAACUCUCCGAAGUUAUCCAAUGGUAAAAAGAUGAUGUAAAGAUUAAACAGAAACAUCCCUUAAAAAAAAAAAAGAUCUAUAAAUACGCUUACUUAAUUUGUUAACUGAGGCUAGGAAGAGGUGUCAUAAAGCAGCCUUUGUAAGCACAGGGCAGUGUCUUUGCCAAAUAACUGGCCGUAACCAUUUAACCCUCUCCGUUGUAUUACUGUUUGGAUGGAGGCAGCUGGAGGAAUCCGUUAGCAUUAAAGAUGCCCUCUCACUGGCAUCCCCCCCCACUUGAGCUGUAGAAAGAAUGGGAAUGUUCUUUCUACCAAGAAUGUGAAAAUGUGGUGAAGCCAGUAUGGGGAACCGCAGGGACUCAGGGCACAAAGAAGUUAGGAUGUGCUAUGGACUGAAAAGUAUUUUCCAUGUUUUCUCUUGGGAUGCACAAGAGACACCACCAGCAAGCUUCAUCUGGUUGUAAAUCCUCUUCCAAGUUUUACAUGUGUUUGACUCAAAGCAAGCACCUGAUGCUGUGAAUGCUGACCACUUGUCUUCUGGGUGCCCUUUAAAUUAAGUGUCUCCAAAAUAAUUGUUUUUUAGAAAAAGACUGUAGGGGAAACUAGAUUCAAGAAGGCUGGUUCCAAACACUCUCAUUUUUCUCCCCUGUGUCUUUCUAUCAAUGAGUUUUUUAGAUCUAGACUCAUGAGUUCGUCCAUUUCCCAAAUGGAAUUUCCCAUCACCUCUGCAGAAUGGCAACUCAUCUGUAACUUAUAGUCCUAAAGAGUUGCUUGGGGCAUAGAAAGGUUAAACAACUUGUCCCCUGUCACACAGCCAGUAAGUGCCAGAGGCAAGAAUUUAACCCAGGUCUUCCUAACUCUAAAACUGUACCUCUAAGCCCUCCACUAUGCUGACUCAUGGUCAUGAAUAAUUACAUAAAUUUUAAAUACACACACACACACCCCCAUAUAUAUAUAUAUAUACAUAUAUAUAUAUAUAUUCCAUAGUUGCAAUUCAUAGUAUAAGAUGCAGAACAAGUACCAAUCUGCAUUGGUAAGGAAUAUUUCCUUGAUGGGAAUCUCUCCAUGCUCAUGAAGUCACAGAUCCAGACCUCCCCUUCCCUCACAAACAGCACCCAUUUAAACAAUACAGCAUGCUGUGCCAUUCUAAUUGUAAGGAUAUUUUCUUUUAAAUAACUUAAUCAUUGAUUAAGAAAUAAUUUUUGCCCAGUGCUGCUGCAUAUAUUUAUCUAAAGUUAAAGACACAGACAAUGUAAAUAUUCACUAGCUUCAAGAUUAAGAUGAUUUGUUGAAAUCUGUUUUGCCUCCAACUGUGAUAAUGAAAUUUGUUGUGGCUGUUUGGCCUAUGUUUACAGUGGGCUUCAUUCUCCUCAUAUACAGGAGCAUUAUUUAAUUAAAUAAGCAUUUAUUAGGUACCUGCUUUGGGCAAGGCUCUAUUGUAUUAGGUAUUAGGAAUACAGAGGCAAAAGUAAAAUAGUCCCCAACCUUAAGGAGUUUACAUUCUCCUGAAUUGAGGUUAUAAUUAGAAUUUCUACUGUAAUUGAAUUAUUCUUUGGGUUCUUAACAAUGGGGACAUGAUCCCUACUUUUUCCACAACAGUCCAAGAAAUCCAGAAUACACAACCAUAUAAAUCGACCAAAUCUUCUUGAAGGGGAAGUCUUUGUAACCAUGUAAUAUUUGUAUAAAAUGAAAACAGAUAGCAUAUAUACACUCAAUGCCUAAAAAUCUACACUGGACACUUAAUUUAAAGAAAAGUCCAUCUUCUUUAUCAAGUCCAUUAGCUUAUGUGAGCCCGUACCAAUGAUUUCUGCUCCUAUAUUUCUCUUGAAUCAGGGGACCAAAAAAUAUUAAUAUGUAAAAUAUCCCAUUGAGAAAAAAACAACUUCUAUUCCCUGUAUUUUAAUCCAUUUAGCCUUAAAACUUGAAGGUGACAAGGAAGGAUACCUCCUCACCGUUUCUAUCCAGGUAGCCAUUUUGAUGCUAUCGAAGUUGGAAGGAAGUCCAUGUAUAAGUAACAUUAUCCUAGAGUAGAGUCCAUAAUGGGAGAUUUGCCUAGCACUUUUUCAGAUACCCUCCUCAGUUAAUCCUUUUUUUUUUUUUUUAAGGGCAAUUGGGGUUAAGUGACUUGCCCAGGGUCACACAGCUAGUAAGUGUUAAGUGUCUGAGGCCGGAUUUGAGCUCAGGUACUCCUGACUCCAGGGCUGGGGCUCUAUCCAUUGUGCCACCUAGCUGCCCCAGUUAAUACCUUUUAAGCCCACAGUAUUGCCCCUAAAUUUCUAGAGUUGGAGUUUGCUGAGGACUUGAGAGCAAAUCACCAAAAACUUGGCCUAUUAAGGUUCUAGGAAUAUCUCUAACUCUUGAUCCUCACCUAGGAGUUAUCCGAAAGGAAGCAAAAAGUGUGCUUCCAAAGUCGGGGACGUUCAGAGCACAAACAGAAAAAUGAUUGAAGCCAACUUUCAAUUGUGAUGGGAUGUUUCAUGGGCAUCUUGGCUACCCAUCUCUUCCCUCUCUGCUCCCUGUGGCUUUCUCUCUUCCAAAGCAGAUUGUUUGUUGCUUUCAAAGAAAUACUGGAAUCUGGUUGUGUUUAUUUCUUAGAGCAGAGUCACCACCCGCUUAGGAGCAGUAUUAAACAGCACUUCUUCUUUCAUAGAAAAUGGCUCCCUGGGUCAUUUUUGUUGGACUGGCAGGGACUUGGAGAGUCAGGGGAUUGAUGAGAGAAAACAGAUCAAGCAUUUUCUGUCUCAGGAGUCUUGAACAAGGGAGGCGGCUGAGACUUUUCACAUGACAGGGUUAACACCAAUCAGACAGAUCUCCCAGGAUUUCUUGGUUGUGUUGUGAAGUCUCUAAGAAAUACUCUAAGGGAAAGAGCCCAGCUUUUUACUUAGAAACUCUCCUGGAAUGCUCAUUGGCAGAUGCCACCUGAGGAAUUUGCUUCCUAGUAUUCUUCUUGCAAGUUUUUCUCCUUCACACCCCAAAGCUUCCUAUCUUCUCUACACCACCUGGGUUUCUACCAGGUCCCCCGAUUUUUCAGACCUCAUCUUCUUUCUUCACCAUCCUUACCCCACCCCAACAUAAUGUGCCAUAAGAAGCGAAUUCAGAAUCUAUGUCCAGCGCAUGUUUUUUCCUUAUGCUUAUAAUUUUGCUGUUGAGAUUUACAUGUAUACAAAGCCAUUGUGGAAACGUGGCAUUUCAAAAGACAUUAACGUUAUAUUUAAUUUUUAAAAACCUGAGUUCUAGGUCUGGAGCUGGAAGGGACCCCAUAGGUCAUCUAGACCUCAUUUUAUAGAACAGGAAAGGGAGCCUUAGGUAGCUUAAGUGACUAGUAAGCAGCAGAGAAAGGCUUUGAAUUCAUCUUACUCCAGAGCCAGCAUUGUACAGUGCUUUAGACCCAAAGCACUCAUCUAUGGAACAAGUAACCUGGGCAACCAAGUCAGUUUCAUGCAGCUGUAUGUUGUUACCACCUUAAUUCUUUAGGUGACAUGCAAAUUUCUUCUCAGCCAUCUGUGAAUUGGAUCAGAGAGGUAGAGGAUGAGGAGGGUGAGAAACAAACUCAUUCAAAUGCCUCCUCUCAUUUUUUUCCCCUUUCUGAAGCCCUAUUUAAACCUAAGCUCAUCUACUUUUUAAAAAAUGUGACAUGUAUUACAAUUCAUGAGAAGGAAUCUAUGGGCCCAUUCUUUCAAGCUUGGUUGAGGUAGUUAUUUGUUCCAAGCCACUAGUCUGUACUUGCAAAGGAAAGCAGACAACUGGAGCAAUUAUCUAAAUCAUUCAAACCAAGCAACCAUGGUCUCAGAUGUUUUAGAACUGAACUCUGUGGACAGUGGUUUCUAUUGUACAUUUUCCCUUAGGUGCAUAGACAUAGCCUUAUUAGUUUGUUUUUGGUUUGUUUUUUUGUUUUGUUUUUGCAGGGCAAUGAGGGUUAAGUGACUUGCCCAGGGUGACACAGCUAGUUAAGUGUCAAGUGUCUAAGGCUGGAUUUGAACUCAGGUCCUCCUGAAUCCAAGGCCAGUGCUUUAUUCACUGCUCCACCUAGCUGCCCCUGACUUAGUAGUUUGAAGAAGCAAUUAUAUAACCCCCCCAAAACAGCCCAUUACUUCAGUCUCUCCUAGUCAGAUCAAGCUGGAUUUUUCCAAGACCUACUAAAAUAAUAAUAUAAAUAGUAGUAUUAGUAUAGUAUUGUAUUGCAAAAUUAUGAGUUUGGGUGUAAGUAUGAAUAUUAGUAUUAGUCUUGCCAACACAAGAGUGCCCAUAUACCCUGAGAACAUUUAGGUCUUGCACUUUCUAGCCAAAUAGAAGCCAGGAACCCAAGAAAGCUUGGGGAAGAUACUGUUCUCAAAUAGUGACUCAGGUGGAUUCCUAACCCAAAUUCUAGAAAUGGGAGGGGGGAGAAUGUUGUGGAAAUUGAGGGAAAUGAACUACAUGAGCCCCAAGGAACCUUCCUGCUACAAAUACAUCAUCCCAUUAUCCUUCAAAUUACAAAUGAAGGCUGGGGAGAUUUUGAGUUGUUUGAUUAUAGUUGAAAUAGACCUUAAAGACCACAAGCAUGCCCAGUGUGUUCUUUGAGGGUAUCAUAGAUUCAUGGGAAGAACACUAUAGAUAAGUCUUGUGAAGAGCUAUUUAUGAAUGUGCUGUUGUUGCUCUUGAGCUGCUGUAUUCUUGAAGAUAACACUAUUUUCAUCAAUGUUUUUGAAAAUAAUAUGCUUCACAUUGCUAGCAUAGAAAGCUUCCCCCACCCCCUUCCACCCACUAGCUCAGGCUCUUCAUCCAAUAUUGCCUUGCGAAUCACAGCAAUAAGCCCAAACAGAUCCAAUAGUGCUCUGGAAGAUUCUUUCUUAGAACUGUAAUUAAGGAAGGGUGAUCGGUCCUUUGUCCCAGGGUCCUGAACUCCAGAGGACAUGAAAAGCACUUUUUUAAUAAUGAAAGUGUUACUAUCUUUAGUAGUUUAGGUGAUUAAAAACGACUGAACUUCUACCAAAUGAACUAGAAAAAUUAGUUAAAAUGGAAAGUUACCAGACAGCAUAGGAGGAAAUCCUUUUUGGCCAGAACUUGAUUUGCCUUGCCAUCUCCCUCCAUACAAGAUCCCAGAAUCCCUCUCUCCCGCCAACUAAAAGGUUGAUGUGAGUGUGUUGUUGUUGUUGUCGCUUUCCCUAUGGCCAAAAUCUGGUGAUUAUGUCUCUGUUAACUUUCUAUAAUCUAAAGAAUAGAAAAAUAAGCCAUUUUAGCUUUGGCCUGAUUUAAAACUAAGAGGAGUUUCUGAAAGUCACACCCCAAGAAAAGCAACCUCUCUGGCCUACCCUCCAGUUUGGUUCCCAUGAAUCUCUGUGGCACUGGUUUGCUUCUCAUUUGGCCAAACUCCCUUUGAACCAAGAAGGAAAGUUGAGGUUAAAAUUUUGGUUCCUAAGACAGUGUUCCUUGUACCAUUGACUAGUCUUUAAGUCAGGAUGAUUGAAAUAAAAACAUAGAGCUUGAAGAGCAUUCCAGGGAUGAUAUUUGUAGGUCAAAUACUCAGGGAAGACUCUGACUUAAUUAUCUUUGUAAUCUCUCCCUUAUAAAACCCUAAAAAACAAGACGUGGAUAUGCUUGGAUAUGCAAUACUGGAACCAAGCAAAUAGGGUUUGGGGAUUGUGUGUGUGUGUGUGUGUGUGUGUGUGUGUGUGUGUUUGUGUUAUGGUUCAUUUUGAGAGGCAGUCUAACAUAAUGGAUAGUGAGUGAUGCCACUAGGACCUACGUUCAAGUCCCACCUUUAAUGACUCCUGACUAUGUGACCCUUGGUGAACUCUUUAAGACUAGGAGUAGUGGAGAAGAGACCAACCUGCAACAGUGGAGGGACUUUCCUGAACCGGCAGUGCUCCUAUAUUAAUGAAAUCACAAGUCCAUUCCCUAUGUUCAUCCUUGGUUGUUUUUUAUAUUGUAUCAACUUCUAAAAAAAAAAUCCUGCAUUUCCCAUUUGCUUCCUUUGAAAAUGUCACAUCCUGCCUGAAACUCCCCUUCCCACUCCAUAAUACCCUUCUUCCAUUACACAGAGAUCAUUGUUUCUUGAGGUAUAAUUUGGCCACUAUCCAUUUGAACCAGGGCAGCUGUUGACAUAAAAAACAUAUCAUGAGGCAGAAACUUGAUAGCAUUUUAUUUAUAUCAUAACACAAAUAUUUCAGCAUAACAUUCCCUUUUUCCUUACUUAAAAAAAGAAAGAAACCACUUUCACAGAUGGAGGUCCCCAAGAAGACUAUAUAUAGAAGGAUUUGUAUCUGGAAGGAUCUAUUUCCCCUCAUACCAGGGCUUUAAAAAACUGUGUGUGUGUGUGUGUGUGUGUGUGUGUGAGAGAGAGAGAGAGAGAGAGAGACUGAGAGACUGAGAGACUGAGAGACUGAGAGACUGAGAGACUGAGAGACUGGUGAAGUCCAUGGACCCUUUGAUAGUAUAACAUUUUUAAAUGCAGAAAAAUAAAAUACACAGGAUGACAGAUAAAACCAAUUAUAUUGAAAUAGUCAUCAAAAUAUUUUUUUUCUUAAGUUCAUGGACCCUAGCUUUAGCAUCUUUGCCCCGAAUACAUUAAUUUAAGAAAAAUCUUUUCCCUAGAAGUCAUAGGACUUAGAAUUGAAAAAGGCUUUGGAAGCCAUUGGAUCCAAUUCUGUUCCUUUAUCAUUGAGAUGACUAAAGGGGAAUUGAUGUUGACAAAGUCAUAUAAUUAGGAAAUAGAAAAACUAGGUUUCAGACUGAGGUUUUCUGCCAAUCCAUCUCUACUGUACUCUUAUGUUUGACUUAUUUUAGAUUUCAUAGACUGAUUAGGGGGGAGAAUGUCAUCCAAUGGCCUUGAAUUUGGGCACACAAACUCAUAUCUUCUUUCAACAAAGUCCCUUAUUCCUAGAAGGCAGUGUGGCAUAGGAGGAAGAGGGUAGAAUUUGGCAUUAGGAAGACUUGGUUUCCAAUCCCACUCCUGACAUUGAAAAGUUAUGUGACCCUGGGCAAGUAAUUUCACUCCUCUGCAUUUCAGUUUCCUUGUCUAUAAAAGAAAGGAAGUUGGUUCAGACAUCCUCUAAAGGACCCUAGGAAUCAUGGUUCAGAGAAUGUGCUACUGUCAUGGCAAGAGGUUUGGAGGCAUCUCCCUCUUCUCUCUCAUGGGCUCUUACAUCACUCCUGUUGUAGCAACACAACUCACUUUGAACGACCCAAACAAACCAUUUUCUCAAAACAAGCACUAAUUGCUAAUCGGGUUUGGGAAUUACAAGGAGCCUUUUGCAAGAAGGUUUGAAAACCCUUAUGAAACUGUGAGCAAGGCUUACACAAUGAGACUGGUUGUUUGUGAGCACCUCUCUCUCUGCGUGUCUCCUUUGAAUGUUUUCAUUGAUUCACAGGUAAACACAUCCCAGUGUAUGUGUGUACAUAUUUAAAAGCAGGUGUCAGUACUUGGGAGUCCAGGGUCCUACCCUUUUGUCUCAGGAGGUGUGUGGUGAGCAGUUGAUUAAGGCAUUAACUCCUUUGUGUUAGUGUUCCAUUUUAUUUUGUCUGGAGAAUCAGCCUGAAAAGAAGGAUAACUCAGAAAAAUUGGACUUUCAUGGAAUAUACUGUAGAUGUCCCAAAUACCUGAGCCCUUUUUUUCUUCAAUGGAAUAGAUCUGGGACCUAUUCAAUGAAGUGGCUAAAAUACCUUUAGGCAUAUUUGAUUUAAGACCUAGAAUAGAAAACUAGGUCUUUGUCCCAGGAUGUCCCAUGGCCUCUGCAGCAUCUACAAUGUGAUGCUUUAUUUUAACCAUCAUCAGACUUCAUCAAAACAUUGAUGUAUAUAGGAAAUGUAAAAUUUUUGGAAUUUUAUCCAACGCCCUCCUUGGUUUUUGAUGAUGGCUAAGCUAUUAUGCAACCUCGGAAUCCCAACAAGUGAUACAAAAUCACUUUGUAUUGGUAGGGAAAGACAGAGACCCUAUCCCCUCUGUUGAGGAGGUUGGUAUGCCUUGAUUGCUGCUGAGGGUCCCUAGGCUUAGCCAUGAGAUGCAUUCAGUCUGACUUGUUUAGGUCUGGUCCUGCUGGUAUGGAAAUGGGGGAAGGUGGGAUCAGAAAAGGAGAGUGAGGGUGAUGGGAUCAGGUGAGGGAGCAUGGGGAUAAUCAUUCUAGGUAGCUCAGGACAACAGAGAAUGUAGAAACCCAGAGGAUUACUAUGAAGUAGAAAUAUCCCCUCACCCCCACCACCAUAUGUUAUCACCCUGUGACAAAGUCCUAGUUGCCCUAUGCUAGGUUCAGUUCUGAUGUAGAUUAUAUCAUGGGGGAAAUACAGGACACAAAACACUUUUCUGUUUUUCAUGAGUUUUCUUCAUUAGGAGAUUUUGUUUAUGAUUGAGUCCUUAAAAUGCACAAAUAAUUGAAUUUCUUGAAAACAAGAUGAUGAAGAGCAUUUCUCCACCCAUCAAGAUGGGUCUUCUCCAAAGUGGCAAGACCACAUUUACUCUAAAGGCUAUCUUGAAAAAUAAUUGACUGAUCUUUUUUAUAGCUGCCUUUUCCUCCUUCCAUCCCUCUUUCUUAUACCCAUUGGCUUCCUUCUCCAGGAUCCAAUUCUCCUGUUCUUAAAUCUUCCCUCUUCUUGGGUAGAUUGCUUCUUUGUUUUAGCUGUAAAAUCAGAUACUAGGAAAAAAGCAAGGAUGCUGCUGGUUCAGCAGGGUCCAGCCAGGUAGCUGCAAGCCGGCUCAAUCAUAGUACACCCCAAGGUCUGCUUCCAGAGAAUCCCCUACUCAUUCAGGAAGGACUUCUUCCUUCCCCCAGAGGGAUGGCAGAACCUACCAACUGUUACUACAAUUCUUCUCCCUGAUGGGAGAUGGUGACGACACAGUCACAAUGCAGGUCCUCUGGGAACUUUGGCUCUUUUACAUCACAGCAAGACCACGGGCCUCGAAAAUGUAUGUUGCUUUUAUCAGAGAAGGAAAGAACAGCCCAGCUGUUGACAUAGAGUCAUCUCACUUUUGGAAAUCUCACCUUUGUCUUCAUGCCUGAGCCCUGAGCCCUUUCCUUCAAGUAUACAAUCAGAAAAACUGAUCUUUGAGUAGCUAUUAUUCAAAAUAAGAUAUUAUUUUUCUUAUAAAUCGGACAAUAGAACCUAGGUUUAUUUUGAAAUCAAUGUAACAUACUCCCUAACCUCCGACCUCAUUGAAAGGCAUUUUCUCUUGAGAAUAUGAAAGAAGAUGUGCAUUGUCUAAUAGAGACAUGUCUAGAUCUUUGUAUAUAUGAGGAGUUCUACCUUUGUGGGUAUUUUUGUAUCACACUUUUUCUAUUUGCUUUCUAUAGUGUAGGGGAGACAAUUUAUAGCAUGUGUUUAAAAUUUGGUUUUCCUGUCAUCCCAUUCCAAUCUAACUUUCCAGUAAAGAACAUAGAUUCUCAUGGGCAAUAGUUGGCCCAUGUUCAUCAGUAUUGCAAUUCUAAAUCCACUGAUUGAUUCAUGGUUCAGUGGAAAGAGUUUUAGGUUGGGAGUCAGAAGGCCUGAGGUCUCAAUCUCAACUCUUGCACUGUGUGACCGUGAGUACUUAAUCUCCAUGAGCCUCAGUUUCCUCAUCUAUAAAAUGAGAGGGUCAGACUAUUUAACCUCCAAAGUCCCUUUUUAGGGACUUCUCUAAACCUAUGAACCCAGGAAUCUCCAGCUUCAUCCAGUCUCCUGUCCUAACACAUUCUUUUUUUUUUUUUUUUUGAUAAGGCAAUUGGGGUUAAGUGACUUGCCCAGGGUCACACAGCUAGUAAGUGUCAAGGGUCUGAGGCUGAAUUUGAACUCAGGUCCUCCUGAAUCCAGGGCCAGUGCUCUAUCCACUGUGCCACCUAGCUGCCCCUCCUAACACAUUCUUUAUCUUCUGCCUUCUGCCCUACUAUUCAUCAUUAUUUAUAGAGUAUAUUUAUGCUUUUCAGAUAUUAUAUGCUUAAUGUCAAUUUAGCUUUUUAAUAGUGAUUUUAUGAGUUUAUACCUGUUUUCCAGAAACCACAGAGAAUUACAGUGUAGACAGAGUUAAACUAUUUAGUAUCUGUAAUUUACAGACACAUAUUUUCUUAUGCUGAUAUUUUGUAUAUGACCAUAGUUGAAAAAGGAAUCUAAUAAGCAGAACACAAUUUUCUUAUGACAUUUUACAGUAAUUCAGCUCAUUCUUAGCCUAAAAUCACCUGGGACAGGGAGUGGGGUGGGGGUGGGGGAGGGUGGGAGAGGACUUUAGAACAAAGUACUUGCUCAAUGAGCAGCAGAUGCUGCUACCUUUAAUAGCAUGUGAAAAAAUAUCAAUUCUAUAGCAGUAGAACUUUCAAAUGGACUUGACCUGGUUUUAACAAGUGGUGCUGAUCCUUUAGAUCUUACUUUUACUCUUGUGAUCCCAGCUAAAAAUCCCAAAGGCCAAGGUCAUGUUAGUGAGAUUGGUUGCAAUAAGAGUUCCAUAUCAGAGCUCCCCCUCUCUCUCACCCCUUCAUCCCCUCACUUUUUAAUUGUUUAAUAUCAAAAUAAACAGAAGCCCUUAGCUUGGGAGAAGUUUCACAUGUAGGGAAAUGAAGGAUGGGGGAUGCAGAAUAAAAUGGGAGGGGGCAGGGGGGGAGUUGUUGUAAUUCAUUUCUGAUAAGCAGAUCAAUAUCAUUUCCACUUCCCAUUAUUCUGUGAACCAAGCACAUUUGGCCAGGGAAUAAACAUUUGCUUUCAUAGAGCACAACUGUAAAGAAAUAUUAUCUCGUAGGAGGGGGUGGGAGGGUAGGUAGGGAGGGAGAAUCCUUUGAAAUACUUUAGAAGCAACUCAGGACAGAAUCUGAGCCCAUGUAAAUAACCAUAUUUUCUCCUCCUAGAUGCAAACUAAGAGUGGCUUACUCAUAAAUAAAAAAGGGUUUGGGGUGGGGUGGGGGUGGGGGUGAUGUUCCAAACAUUCAGUUUCUGACAUUGGUUCUAGGUCCAAUGUUUCCAUCCAGGGCUUCUCUGGGCAAAAUGGUCACCUACUGGGUGACCAUUGGAAUCCAUGUACAUUUUUCCACUCUCUUCUCAGCAGACCAACCUAAUGUUCUCUCCUCUGGUGUAGGGCAUAUUGGUUGGCUCUCUGAGUUCUAAUAGCAACAGCUGACAUGUUUUUGUGUUUUGUUUAAUUGGUUGAAAGUAUUUCUUUUAGCUGUGCCCACAUCUUGUCCCUCUAUUAAAAAAUGAAGCACAGUGCCUCCUUGUACUUUGUGUAGACAUAGGUAAUUGUGUAGACAUAGAUGGGAAUUUCAGUGAAAUGUUGUAUAGCUGUAUUUUAAUUAAUUUAAUUUAAUUUGGGGUUGGGAAAAGAGAAACUGUGCAUUGAAAUGGAGUAGAAAUGUUGACCCAUAGUUUGAGCCUCUUUUUCUCCUUUCCUACCUAAUAGUGAAAUACCUUCCUUUCUCCCAUUUGGUAAUGAGAUGUAAUUAAAGAAUAUGCCAAUGGAGACUUUGUGCUGUUAAUGUUCCGAAUCCCAUACCCACUCAAUUCCUUUGUAUAUAGGGAACUCCUUACAUUGCUGCUCUCUGAUCAAAAGUUGCAUGUGUGUUUUUUGGAGUGCUGGUGGAUGUUGAUGUGCAAAUGUGAACUCUUCCCUUAUCUUAGUGAAAAUCAUAACCAUAUUUAUCCAGCACGCUGAGAACACUGGUGUGGACCUUUCAUGAUGAUCAAUUUAUGCAAGUGUUAGAACAAUUGCGUUUAUCAAUCUACAAUUCUUUUUCCCUUGGCAUAUUGGACCUUUGGGAAAUGAGGUUAAAAGGAAGCUCCAGUGUAAAUAGUGAAAAAAUCAGCCUCAUAUCUCCAGGUACUGGAAUAUGAAACAGUGGUUUUAAGUGUUCAAUUUGACUAUAUUUUCAUUUUAAUGAUACUUUCUUUCAUUCCUUUGGCAGCAGCUAAACUGGUUAGCAAGAAUAAUUUGUUAAACUAGAAAGCUCCCACGUAGCCCACAUUCUCCUACUGCUCUAACCCUCUUGGUGUCCUGGGGUCUCGGUCUAUCUUUCUGUGAUUCAUUUGAGGACAUAUGCCAUAUUGCUUGACUAGGGUACUCUAAUGGCUAGUUGUGGCUGUGGCACCAACCGAGCUUAGCAUGUAAUGAACAGGACUCCAAGACUCAUAGUCCAGAACUAUGUCUGGUUGUUCUCUGUUUUCAGAGUGUAGGAAAGACUCUGUCUCAGAAUGGAGGCAAAACCUUCCAUAUAGUCCAAUCUUCCCAAAAGCACAAACCUGCCUACUUCCCCUUGGUGCCCCAGACUGCACCCUUGAACCUCCUGGGGAGAUUACCCUGCACAAACCAUCUGUGAAGAAGGCAGCAAUAAAAGCACAAAUACCAAUGCAAAAUGGCUCCGUGUCAUUGAGAGAGGAAAUAAGACGGUGCACAAACCCCAAAUAUGUGACAAGAAUGUGAUGCAAACAGGGUGUUUGUUUGACUGGCAUAAGUGAUUCAGAUUAUGUUUACAGAUGUGUUAUGUUCACAGAAAAAUAGACUGUGAUAUAUAUGCAAUCACUGGAUCUAUGAGAAUGGAUCUGGAAUACCCAUUCAGAGGGAGAAAAUCCAGAACUAAUUGUUCUGCAUAAGGGAUGCUCUCUUUAUUCCAGUGAAGAGAAAUUUCAAGAGAUUCCCCAGUGGGAGAUGAAAGUUACCUGAAGUGAAUGAGCUUCAGCUCCUAGAAAUGGGGCGGAGGGAGGCCACAAGGUGGAGAAGGGGGACAGAUGUUUCAAUUCCAAACAUCUGCUCGUAAACAUAGCAUUCCUGUCCCUUUUUUCCAAUUCUUGCUAAAGCCAAGUGGUAAAUGCUUACUUCUGGGGGGCGGGGAGGGAAAGGGGGGAAAAGGAGUGUUUAGAUGGGUUUUCCAGGGACAUUUCUUGUACAUGCAGAAUAUGAGAAAAUUGAUUUUCCCCUUAGAUUCCAAAUGCCUGCUGAGAAUCAGAAGUGAUGUGCUGUACAGAUUUGCUAGCACCUAGUGUUCAAAGACAAAUGAAUGCAGAUAAUAAAACUUCAACUAACCCGGAAGCUGUUUCCUACUCAUUGUAGUAAGGGAUGCCUUCUUGACUAAGGAUAUCUUUGGGUAGUUGAGGUCUUCUAUUUUCACCAUUAGUUUUCCAAGAUUUCUUACUAUGUGGACUGAUUUCUGUAACUUUUCUUGUAUAAAACAACUGGACAUUCUUUGUAUACUGGAAAUAAUCAGCAGACUCAUUAUUUCACUAAGUGUUGUAUCUUUUAUGUAUAUAUCUCAUCAAUAAAUGUGAAUUCCUAA